GGCAAGCAUAAGCAACAAUGUUAAAUUUUGUCCCAAAAUUUAGUGUCACCUUAAGAAUACUGCCGAUCAUACCAAUAACUGUAGCUAGUGGGGGAAAGGAGUUUCUCUAAAUAAAACUUAAUUAAAAACUUUUUACGUUCCGAUACCACGCAAAAUCAUCUUAAUAGUUUGACCUUUUUGUCGAUUGCGCAUGAAACUGCCGAUCAAGUAAACUUAAAAGAGUUAAUAAAAAAAGUUUGCAGAACAAAAAGUAUUUCAGAAGAAAACAUUUUCAACCCAUAAGUAUGUUUAUGGAAUUGAAACGAACUUUGAAAGAAGAAAAUAGGAUCUUCAAUGAAGCAUGGGAAUUACAAUAUUUUUUAGUAAAUAGUGGAGGCAAAAUGUCUUGUUUUCUUUGUGAUACCACAAUUGUAACGAUUAAGAAAUUCAAUGCACAACAGCAUUAUGCUCUUCAUAAAGACAAUAAAUAUGCCAAAUUAGUGGGUGAGGAUAGAAUGAUAGCACUGCAGAAACUGAAAAAUGGAAAACAGAAGCAAAGACAAUUUUUUCAUUCUAUGUUACAUCAAGGGAAUGAUGCGACAGAAGCCAGCUAUAAAGUUGCAUAUUUACUUGGAAAAAAUGGUAAACCAUUCAGCGAUGCAGAACUCAUAAAUGAAUGUAUUUUAAAAGUGGUAAGAUGUAUAGAUUCAGAUAAAGUUAACAAAUAUGAGGAGGUGCAUCUUUCAAGAAGGACUAAUACAGAUAGACAGCAUGAAUUGGCUCGUGAUGUAACAGAACAGCUGAAAAAUAUAAUCCAAAAAGAAAAUGUAUAUUACUCAAUAGCUUUGGAUGAAUCGACAGAUUCCAUUAAUUCAGCACAGGUAUUGUAUUUUAUUUAUGUUAUAACUGAUGAUUUUCAAUUAUAUGAAGAAUUGCUUGCUUUAGGCACCCUUAGAGGAAAGACACUGGGGAUAGAUAUUUUUAACAACUUCAAAGAGCAAUGUCACAAAGUAGAAUUAAAUAUUAAUAAUUUGGUAAGUGUGUGCACAGAUGGUGCUCCAGCUAUGAUGGCUAAGAAUGAAGGAUUUAUUGCAUAUCUUAAAAGAGAAAUCAAAGUUCCAAGUGCACUGAUUGCUUCUCAUUGCAUUUUACAUCAGCAAAAUCUCUGUGCAAAAUCUACCAUUCUAAAUGACACUUUGCAGAAGGUUAUAGGCCCUAAGUAUUGUGAACUAUAUUCGAGCAAAUGCCACAAAGCAUCGUCAAUUUAGAAGCAUGCUGAUGAUGGAUGAUGAAGUACUUAGUAUAGAUUUGCCUUAUCAUUCAGGCUGUCACAAGGGAAAGUAUUGGUCAAAAUUUUAUCUUCACGAAGCAAAAUAAUUGACUUUUUCAAAGGAAAUAGCAAAUGUUGUCAUUUAUCAGAUUUAAACUUUUACAGAGAUGUUGCAUUUUUAUGUGAUGUGAUGUCAAAACAAAAUGAGUUAAAUAUUUCGUUGCAAGGCAGAAAUAAAUCUAUUUAUGAUAUGUGGCAAAACAUUCAGGCAUUUAGAAAAAAGUUGUUGUUUUUCAAGUUUCUUUUGGCUAAAUCCAAACUUUCAGAGGAACACUUUCCCCACUUUACGAAGGUAAUGAGUGAAAAUGAGGAUAUUUCUGGAUCUUUUGGAGAAUACGAGUCAGUUUUAGACUCAUUAGUAGAAGAAUACAAUAAAAGAUUCAGUGAUUUUGUAAAGCAUAACAGCACUCUUAAACUUGCUUUUCAGCCUCACUUAGUUGAUGUAUCAAAGGCUCCAGAAGAUUACAAAUGGAGCUUAUAGAAAUGUCUGAAGAUAAUAUCCUGAAAUCUCAGUUUAACAACAGGGACGAUCCCAUUGAAAUUUGGAAAAAGGCGAUAGAACAUGCACGCUGAAUGAUGUCCUGCUUUUCUAAAACAUACGGUUGCGAAUCCACAUUCUCGUACUUGACGCAAAUCAAGAAUUCACUAAGAACACAGUUGAAAAAUGAACAUUUAGAAGACCAACUGAAACUAAGAACCACUAUGUUUGAACCUGAUAUCAAAAUGCUUUCUCAAAAGAAGCAAACUCAAAGAAGUCAUUAAUUUGAAUAAAGAGUAAAUACUUGCUGAAAGGAAAUAUUUCAAAAUUUUAUAUUCUCUGCGUUUAUAUGAUUCUCUUUUUUUAAAAGAUUGUUGUUCAUUUUCUUAUUACUUGUAUAAAAAGUUCCUAUUGAAGUAAAA